AUGGCGCCUAAGACUGCCGAUGGUACGGCGCAUGUAGAUGCCAAGGAUUUCAAGAACUCGGCUGCUGCUGAUGCCGCUGCCGCUGGCCCUGAGCAGGAGGUGAAGGCCGCUCUGUUCGACGAGGCCCAGCUGCUGUCGACUGGUGACAAGAAGGCGGCUCUUGAGCUGACCAACCUUGUCAAGAUCGAGGGCUCGUUCGCCCUGCGCAACCUCGGUAUUGAGGAUGUGAUCAAGAAGGGUCUUACCGACAAGAAGAAUGUGGCUGGUCGCGAGGGUGCUUGCACCCUUGUGAUGACUCUCUUCGACGAGGGUGUCGGUCACGAGGUCGAGCCGUUCCUUAUGAUGAGCAACGUGUUCGAGACCAUUGUCGAGGCCAUGGGUGACAAGGAGAAGGAGGUCCGUCAGCGCGCUGAGGAUGCUCUGCUGCUUGUGAUCCGCAACAUGUCGUCCUGGGGUGUGCCGCAAGUGAUGAAGAUCAUGCUUCACCAGAUGCGCACUGCCGGUAAGUGGCAGGUGAAGACGGGCUGCAUUCGUCUCCUCGAGGAGCUGAUCGGCCUGUGCCCCGACAUGGUGGCCCGCAUGAUGACCGACAUUAUCCCGGUCAUGGCCGAGGUUAUCUGGGACACCAAGAGCGAUGUCCAGAAGUCGUCGCGUGCGUGCCUGGAGAAGCUCUGUGCUCUUGUGUCGAACAAGGAUAUUGAGCGUUUCAUUCCGGCUCUGAUUAAGUCGCUCAUCCACCCUGUCGAGGAGGUGCCGAAGACUAUUCAGCUGCUUUCGGCCACCACUUUCGUGCAGGAGGUCGACUCGCCGACCCUUGCCCUGAUGACCCCGCUGCUGUCGCGUGGUCUGACGGAGCGCCCGACUGCUACCAAGCGUAAGGUGGCUGUCAUUAUCGACAACAUGGCUAAGCUCGUCGACAACGAGCGCACUGUGCGUCCCUUCCUGCCGAAGCUGCUGCCCGGUCUGAUCAAGAUUGAGACUACCGUGUCGGACCCUGAGGCCCGCAGCGUUGUGCAGCGCGCCAUCAACACCCUGCGCCAGGUUGGUAAGGUUGAGGGUGACGGUUCGGAGGUGAAGCCGCUUGAGGAUGUUGAUCUUGCGAAGACCGAGGAGCUGGUGAACGUUCAGCUCAAGGAGAACAACCUGCAGGGUGCUGACUCGCUCGUGAAGUACAUUGCCCAGCUCGUGACCAACCUCUCGAACUUCCGCCUGUUCGAGUCGGACGAGUGGGAUGGUACUCUGACUCGCUACCUGCGUCUGCUGCGCCCCUCGGACCAGGAGAAGUCGGCCAAGAUUGUGCAGGAGCUGCUCAAGCAGCUCGCGAAGAGCACUGGUGAGGAGGUCGAGGUGUUUGACGACGAGGAGGAGGGUGAGGACCUGUGUAACUGUCAGUUCUCGCUCGCCUACGGUGCUAAGAUUCUGCUGAACACCGCUACCCUGCGUCUCAAGCGUGGCCACCGCUACGGUCUCUGUGGUCGUAAUGGUUCGGGUAAGUCGACCCUUAUGCGCGCCAUCCAGAACGGUCAGGUGGAGGGCUUCCCGUCGCCUGAGGAGGUCAAGACCUGGUACGUCGAGCACGACCUCGACGGUUCGGAGGGUGACAUUUCGAUUCUCGAGUUCAUCCUGGCCGACACUCGCCUGAACGUCGACCGCGAGACUGCCUCGUCGACCCUGAAGGAGAUGGGCUUCGACGAGCAGCGUCAGGCUGGUCCGAUCACUGCUCUUUCGGGUGGUUGGAAGAUGAAGCUUGCCCUGGCCCGUGCUGUGCUGUUCAAGGCCGACAUUCUGCUGCUCGAUGAGCCGACCAACCACUUGGAUGUGCUCAACAUUGCCUGGAUCACGGACUACCUGGUGAAGACGGACGCCACCUCGAUCAUUGUGUCGCACGACUCGAAGUUCCUGAACGACGUGUGUACCGACAUUCUGCACCUGAACCGCUUCAAGAUCAAGCGUUACCCCGGCAACCUCGACGCCUUUGUCAAGCGUGUGCCUGAGGCUCGUGCCUACGUUGAGCUGAACUCGGGUGAGGACUACUCGUUCAAGCUGCCGAACCCGCCGCUGCUGGACGGUGUGAAGACCAAGGAGAAGUCGCUUGUGAAGAUGCGUGACGUUGUGUUCCAGUACCCGAACACCCCUGCGCCGCAGCUCCGCGGUAUCUCGAUGCAGCUCUCGCUCUCGUCGCGUGUCGCUGUGCUGGGUCCGAACGGUUCGGGUAAGUCGACUCUCGUGAAGCUCAUUGUCGGUGACACGGAGCCGAACGAGGGUGAGCUGUGGAAGCACCCCAACUUGGUCAUUGGUUACGUCGCGCAGCACGCGUUCCACCACAUUGACCAGCACCUUGACAAGACCCCGUUGGAGUACAUGCUCUGGCGUUACCAGACUGGUGAGGACUUGGAGGAGCACAUGAAGGCCACUCGCCAGCUCACCGCUGAGGAAGAGGAGGCGAUGAAGCACGGUGCUGUCUACGAGCACGAGGGUGUGAAGCGCAUCAUUGACGACAUUGUGGGCCGUAAGAAGCUCAAGAACUCGUUCCAGUACGAGGUGUCGUUCAAGAACAUGAGCUCCACGGAGAACCUGUGGAUCAGCCGUGACGAGCUUAUCCGCCGCGGUUUCGAGAAGAAGGUCAUGCAGGUCGACUCGCGUGAGGCCCAGAAGGCUGGUAUGCUUCGUCCUCUUGUCCGUCGCGAGAUCGAGAAGCACUUUGAGGACUUUGGUCUGGAGCGUGAGUUCACCUCGCACAACACCAUGCGUGGUCUCUCGGGUGGUCAGAAGGUCAAGGUCGUGCUGGGCGCCGCCACGUGGCGUAUGCCCCACAUUAUCGUGCUGGACGAGCCGACGAACUUCUUGGACCGUGAGUCGCUUGCGGCUCUGAUCCAGGCCAUCCAGAACUUCGAGGGUGGUGUGGCCAUCAUUACCCACUCGCAGGAGUUCUCGGAGGGUACCUGCAAGGAAAUCUGGCGCAUGGAGAACGGUACGCUGCACGCCUCGGGCCACAACUGGGUUGAAGGCCAGGGCUCGGGUGAGCGUAUCGACAAGAAGAAGAAGGACGAGGAGGAGGUCAAGUACGACGCCCUCGGCAACAAGAUUGUGGAGGAGAAGAAGAAGAAGAAGCUCACCUCGUCGGAGGCCCGCAAGGCCAAGAAGGAGCGCAUGGCUCGCCGCAAGCGCGGUGAGGAGGUGUUCUCUGACGAGGAGCUGUAA